CCCCGACAUCGGCAACCGAGGACCCCCCGCCGCUGUCCGGCCAUUAGUGCCUGGGGGGGAGGAGGAGGAGGAGGAGGAGGAGGGAAGGAGGAAUAAGUCUAUUAGUAAUAACAACAACAACAACAACAACAACAAAACCCACCAACAAAUCCGCACUAGCGCCUUAGUCCUCUCAGACCGUCGACUGCCUGGCAUCGCCGUGCAUCGGGCUGCUGUGCUGAGACUUUGUUUCAAGUAAAAAAAAAAAAAAAGAAAAAAAACCAAAACCAACAAAAAACCAAACAAAAAAAAAAAACCUUCGCUUGCUCAGCCACUUCCAUUUUUUCCCCUGCAGUCUCGCUGGUUUGAGGUGGUUGUUUUUUUGGUUUUUCUUUUUGGUUUUUUUUUCUGUUUUCUUUCCCUUCAUGUGGUUGGAUUUGGUGGAUCCGGAGCCAAAGCUGAUUUUUUUCCUCAGUGGGGUGUGCGUGUGGCGUGCGGGGAUUUUCUCGCUGCGUUUUUUAUCUUCUGCUGCUUUUUUAAAUCUUGGUUUUGAACCUGAGCCGGGAAAAAUGGGAAACGGUGCUUCCGUCAGAAGGGGAAUCUCUCCAUCACUGUUGUUGGGACGUGUGCCUAUGGUGCUAGUGUUUUAGAGAAAUAGCCUGACAGCUUUCGGAGUGGAAGGCCAAAUGACAUAGGAUGAAGGCUGUUCGUAAUUUGCUGAUUUAUAUAUUUUCCACCUAUCUACUGGUUAUGUUUGGAUUUAAUGCUGCCCAAGACUUCUGGUGUUCCACGUUGGUGAAGGGGGUCAUUUAUGGAUCGUAUUCUGUAAGUGAAAUGUUUCCUAAAAACUUCACAAACUGCACUUGGACGCUGGAAAAUCCAGAUCCAACCAAAUAUAGUAUUUACCUGAAAUUUUCCAAAAAGGACUUCAGCUGCUCCAACUUUUCCCUCUUGGCUUAUCAGUUUGAUCAUUUUUCUCAUGAAAAAAUAAAGGAUCUUUUAAAAAAUAACCAUUCUAUAAUGCAGCUCUGCAACUCCAAGAAUGCUUUUGUAUUUCUGCAGUAUGAUAAGAAUUUUAUUCAGAUACGUCGUGUCUAUCCUAUCAACUUCCCAGGAUUACACAAAAAAGAAGAAGACCACAAAUCCUUCUUUGAAUUUUUGGUGUUGAACAAGGUGAGCCCGAGCCAGUUUGGGUGCCAUGUGUUAUGCACUUGGUUGGAGAGCUGCUUGAAAUCUGAAAAUGGGAGAACCGAGUCCUGUGGGAUCAUGUAUACAAAAUGCACCUGCCCUCAGCAUUUGGGAGAGUGGGGAAUAGACGACCAGUCCCUGGUGUUGCUCAACAACGUGGUGCUGCCCCUCAACGAGCAGACAGAAGGCUGCCUGACCCAGGAGCUGCAAACCACCCAGGUCUGCAAUCUCACCAGAGAAGCCAAGCGGCCGCCAAAAGAAGAAUUUGGAAUGAUGGGAGAUCAUACAAUUAAAAGUCAGCGACCUCGAUCUGUUCAUGAGAAAAGGGUCCCUCAGGAACAAGCUGAUGCUGCUAAAUUUAUGGCACAAACUGGUGAAUCUGGUGUUGAAGAGUGGGCCCAGUGGAGUACGUGUUCAGUUACUUGUGGUCAAGGGUCGCAGGUGCGAACCAGAACUUGUGUAUCACCUUACGGGACACACUGCAGCGGCCCUUUAAGAGAAUCAAGGGUUUGCAAUAACACUGCCCUCUGUCCAGUACAUGGCGUUUGGGAGGAAUGGUCACCUUGGAGUUUGUGUUCAUUCACAUGUGGUCGAGGCCAAAGAACUAGGACAAGGUCAUGUAUACCUCCCCAGUAUGGGGGAAGAUCAUGUGAUGGACCUGAAACACAGCACAAACCUUGCAAUAUUGCACUCUGCCCUGUGGACGGACAGUGGCAGGAGUGGAGCUCGUGGAGCCAGUGCUCGGUGACCUGCUCCAAUGGCACCCAGCAGCGAAGCAGGCAGUGCACGGCGGCGGCCCACGGCGGCUCCGAGUGCAGAGGGCCCUGGGCCGAGAGCCGGGAGUGCUACAACCCCGAGUGCACCGCAAAUGGCCAGUGGAACCAGUGGGGCCACUGGAGUGGCUGUUCCAAAUCCUGUGACGGUGGCUGGGAGAGGCGGAUAAGGAUCUGCCAAGGCGCUGCUGUGACUGGGCAGCAGUGUGAAGGAACCGGAGAGGAAGUCAGACGGUGCAGUGAACAGAGGUGUCCUGCACCUUAUGAAAUAUGUCCUGAAGACUAUUUGAUGUCAAUGGUGUGGAAAAGGACCCCAGCUGGGGACAUGGCAUUCAAUCGAUGUCCUCUCAAUGCCACAGGCACCACUAGCAGACGCUGCUCUCUCAGUGUUCAUGGAGUGGCCUUUUGGGAACAUCCAAGCUUUGCUAGAUGCAUAUCAAACGAGUACAGACACUUGCAGCAUUCAAUUAAAGAGCAUCUUGCCAAGGGUCAGAGGAUGUUGGCUGGUGAUGGCAUGUCCCAAGUAACCAAGACACUAUUGGAUUUAACACAGAGGAAAAAUUUUUAUGCUGGGGACCUUCUAAUUUCUGUGGAAAUUCUCAGAAAUGUUACAGACACAUUUAAAAGAGCAAGUUACAUCCCUGCAUCUGAUGGGGUGCAGAACUUCUUUCAAAUCAUAAGUAAUCUAUUAGAUGAAGAAAACAAGGAGAAAUGGGAAGAUGCGCAACAGAUCUAUCCAGGUUCAGUGGAGUUAAUGCAGGUGAUUGAAGAUUUUAUACACAUUGUUGGAAUGGGAAUGAUGGACUUUCAGAAUUCAUACCUAAUGACUGGAAAUGUAGUGGCUAGCAUUCAGAAGCUUCCUGCUGCAUCUGUUUUAACUGACAUCAAUUUCCCAAUGAAAGGAAGAAAAGGAAUGGUUGAUUGGGCACGAAACUCGGAAGACAGGGUUGUCAUUCCAAAAAAUAUCUUCACUCCUAUGUCAACAGAACUAGAUGAAUCAACUGUAUUUGUACUUGGAGCAGUGCUAUACAAAAAUUUAGAACUUAUUUUGCCUACUUUGAGGAAUUUUACAGUUGUUAAUUCAAAAAUCAUUGUUGUUACUAUACGACCUGAGCCUAAAACUACAGAUUCUUUCCUGGAGAUAGAACUGGCCCACCUGUCUAAUGGAACACUGAAUCCCUACUGUGUGCUGUGGGAUGAUUCAAGAAUGAACGACUCUUUGGGAACCUGGUCCACCCAGGGAUGUAAAACUGUGCUUACCGAUGCAUCCCAUACGAAAUGCUUAUGUGAUCGUCUCUCUACCUUCGCCAUUUUGGCUCAGCAACCUAGAGAAAUAAUCAUGGAAUCAUCUGGUACACCCUCAGUGACCUUAAUAGUAGGCAGUGGUCUUUCCUGCUUGGCCUUGAUCACUCUAGCAGUUGUCUAUGCAGCAUUAUGGAGGUACAUCAGAUCUGAGAGGUCCAUAAUUCUAAUAAAUUUCUGCCUGUCGAUUAUCUCAUCAAAUAUCCUUAUCCUUGUUGGACAAACUCAGACACAUAACAAGGGCAUCUGCACCACAACCACCGCAUUUUUACACUUCUUCUUCUUAGCUUCAUUCUGUUGGGUUUUGACAGAAGCGUGGCAGUCAUAUAUGGCUGUUACUGGAAAAAUUAGGACACGACUCAUAAGGAAGCGUUUCCUGUGCCUUGGAUGGGGACUGCCAGCAUUAGUGGUUGCAAUAUCAAUAGGCUUUACCAAGACAAAAGGAUAUGGAACAGCUCACUACUGCUGGCUGUCUCUGGAAGGAGGGCUGCUUUAUGCUUUCGUUGGACCUGCAGCUGCCGUUGUCCUGGUCAACAUGGUGAUUGGCAUUUUGGUAUUUAAUAAACUUGUUUCCAGAGAUGGAAUCCUAGAUAAAAAACUCAAACACAGAGCGGGUCAGAUGAGUGAGCCUCAUAGCGGUUUGACGCUCAAAUGUGCCAAGUGUGGAGUAGUUUCAACAACAGCUUUGUCAGCCACCACCGCCAGUAAUGCCAUGGCAUCCCUUUGGAGCUCCUGUGUGGUGUUGCCACUUCUAGCACUGACUUGGAUGUCUGCAGUUCUGGCCAUGACAGACAAAAGAUCAAUAUUAUUUCAGAUACUUUUUGCAGUAUUUGAUUCAUUACAAGGCUUUGUUAUUGUCAUGGUCCAUUGUAUUCUCCGAAGGGAGGUUCAAGAUGCAUUCAGAUGUCGGCUAAGAAAUUGCCAGGAUCCAAUCAAUGCAGAUUCUUCAAGUUCUUUUCCUAAUGGACAUGCUCAAAUCAUGACUGAUUUUGAGAAGGAUGUAGACAUUGCUUGUCGGUCAGUUCUGCAUAAAGACAUUGGACCUUGCAGAGCAGCCACUAUAACAGGAACACUUUCUAGAAUUUCACUAAAUGACGAAGAGGAGGAAAAGGGACCAAACCCAGAAGGAAUGAGCUAUUCAACGUUGCCUGGAAACAUCAUCUCCAAAGUCAUCAUCCAGCAGCCCACAGGUCUCCACAUGCCUAUGAGUAUGAGUGAACUGGCCAAUCAGUGCUUGAAAAAAGACAACAGCGAGCUGCGGAGGACUGUGUAUUUAUGCACUGAUGAUAAUUUGAGAGGUGCAGACAUGGACAUAGUCCAUCCUCAAGAGCGGAUGAUAGAGAGCGACUAUAUAGUCAUGCCCAGGGGCUCAGUGAAUACCCAGCCAUCCCUGAAAGAUGAAAGCAAAAUGAAUAUAGGCAUGGAUACCUUGCCUCAUGAAAGGCUGUUGCACUACAAAGUUAAUCCCGAGUUCAAUAUGAAUCCCUCUGUAAUGGACCAAUUUAACAUCAAUUUAGAUCAGCAUCUUCCCCCCCAAGAACAUAUGCAGAGUUUGCCGUUUGAGCCCCGCACAGCAGUGAAGAAUUUCAUUGCCUCAGAGCUGGAUGACAAUGCAGGAUUAUCAAGAAGUGAAACUGGAUCCACAAUAUCAAUGAGCUCUUUAGAGAGAAGAAAAUCACGUUAUUCGGACCUUGACUUUGAAAAGGUCAUGCAUACAAGAAAGAGGCAUAUGGAAUUGUUUCAAGAGUUAAAUCAGAAAUUUCAGACUCUGGACAGAUUUCGGGAUGUACCAAAAUCAGGCAGUAUGGAGAACUCAGGACCGAGCAAGGCUCCAUGGGACAGUUUCAAAACCACAGGUGACUACCAACACUAUACAACGAUAAAUGUAUUAGACACAGAGGCAAAAGAUGCUUUAGAACUCAGACCAGCAGAAUGGGAGAAGUGUCUGAACUUGCCUUUAGACGUGCAAGAAGGUGACUUUCAAACAGAAGUUUAACAAAAACGAACUGAACAAAACAGAAACAAAGUAAAAAUGAUUCAUUGCACUGACAAUAAAAAGACUUUGGGAAUCCUGACGAUCCUGACACUCCUGUCUGAACAUUGCAACUCCUUUAUGUCAGGCUCUUCCUGUGCCAAAUGUCAGUGGUUUUUUCGUACAGUAUAUUCCCACUAGUGCGGCUAGUGGAGAACCAGGUGUACAAUUCUUACCAUCGUGUGUUGUAAGUACCCGUGGAAUGGAUUUGUAAGGUAAUCUUUAUAGAUAAACCUCAAGCAACGAUUCAUGUUGUAACAGCUUCAUUUGGUUUAGUUUUCAAAAAACUUCACCAUGAAGCACAAUGUAUAUAUUUAUGCAGUUUUUAAAGUUUAUAACAGUCUGUUUGGCCAUUACUA